ACCUUGACACGAUUCGAUGAGUAUACGUCAUCAAGAACCGGAAGUUUACAAACCAUAGCACUCAAGCUAGCGUCAAGAAUAGGCCUUCGCCAGUUGUGAUAUAAAUUCCCACAAUUUGAAGCGAAUACCACGGAAAACAAGAGGGAAACAUGGUCUGUGAGAAGUGUGAGAAGAAGCUCGGUAGAGUCAUCACCCCUGACACUUGGAAGGACGGGGCACGGAACACGAUUGAGAGUGGCGGUCGCAAGCGGAAUGAAAACAAGUUGCUAACUUCCAAGAAAGCCAGGUUUGACCCGUACGGCAAGGCAGGCUUUGCCACGUGCAGGAUCUGCAAGAGCUCCGUCCAUCAGUCUGGAUCCCACUAUUGCCAAGGCUGCGCCUACAAGAAAGGAAUCUGCGCAAUGUGUGGCAAGAAAGUUCUGGACACCACAAACUACAAGCAGACGUCAGUGUGACGAUGACGCUGUGACGUGGGCGUGUCAUGUGACACAACAACGUAUUAUUGAGAGAAAGCAGGGUGGUCUUGUGGUCUUGUGGUUAAUAGAUCCAUGAUGGAAUGGAUCUAUUAGGAUGACACAGACCACACCUCCUGUUGCUUUACUUCAGCCUUUCCGUUUUCAUGCUUUGUCUUUUCAUGUGUAUAUGACCUUUUGGAGUAAAAUCAAACAUUCAUUCUAAAAAAAUGGAAGGCUUAUUAUUAUACAGAAACAAUAAAUUCACUAUGGCAACUGUGUUACAUCACAACACGCCUAAGGAGACUGCAGGGGAAUAUCAUGACUAGCGUAUUUCCUCUAGUAGCGCCCCAGGGCGUUUAUUUGUCAUGCUAACUUUGCUGUCCAUAGCUUGGUCGGCGGGGUAGUUUGCACUCGCUGCACAGCCGUGAGAUCGUGCUUUUGUGCAGUGGAACCUUUCUGGGUGUCGGGAUUUACUGGUUUCCUGUUUCCGUUUUUGUCUGAAAAUGAAAGGUGUAUCGCUG